GUCUUCUCUCCUAGAGAGGGUCUGUUUCCCAGUUCUUGGCAACCCAUCAUGGUGCAGUGUGGAGAAGAUGAAAUGAUGAUUCAGGUUCAUCGUGAUCUCUUUCAGACAGGCCACUUUAUCCAAGCAAAGGAUCUCAGCAUUUGGCCACAAGCCUGCCAUUACUCUAUUGUUAAUCAGUCUGCUACCUUGAUUAUCUUCAAAGUGGAACUCCAUGAGUGUAUCCAGAACUUGCAGGUAAUAUUGCAAAAUGUUGGGCUGAUGUUUUUCUUGUACUAUAAGCCGGAGUCUGCAAGCAACUUGACAACUGUUAAGAGUGCAGAAGAGUUCCCCAUUGCUUGCCACUACUCAUGGAAAAAUGAUGUGAACAGUAAUGCCAUCCAGACCACCUGGGUACCUUUUACUUCAGCAACGUUUGAGAAAGAAAAGCAGUACUUUUCCUUGCGUCUGAUGACAGAUGACUGGCAAGCUGAAAAAAAUUCUACUGUAUACUUGUUGGGUGAUAACCUCCAUGUUCAAGCAGAUAUCAGAAAAGGAAACCACUCACCACUCCGCCUGUUUAUUGAUACCUGCAUGGCCACAUCAAAAGCUGAUGGAGAUUCUGAUCCACAAUAUAAUAUCCUCGACUUCCAUGGAUGUCUCAUAGAAAGAAAUUUUCAUGAUGUAGGGCCAUCCUUCAUAAUUCCAAGGACUCAGUUAGAAACACUCCAGUUUACCAUUCCAGCAUCCCAAAUCGCUAGAGACGAAAACAGCAUGAUCUACAUUGCAUGCCAUCUGAAAGCCACUGCAGCUGCCCAGGAUCCAGAUUUUUUAAAUAAAGCUUGCUCAUUCAACAGAGAAAGAGAGAUUUGGUUACCUGUAGAGGGUUCCAUGGAAAUCUGUAACUGCUGUGAGACUGGAGAUUGUGGUUCUCCUGGAAAGCACAAAUCAAGUGAUACCGGCAGUCUUCAUGUGUCCAGCCAAAGGAAAACUGGUUCAAACAGAAAUUAUGUUGACCUCUCUAAAGGAGAAAUGGAAGCUGACCUUGUGGUGGGUCCUGUCUUAAUCCAGAAGGCUGCUGGGAAUCAUGAAAGAGACCAAGUAGGAGUAGAAGAAGAGAUGCUGGCAAAAGGCCAGAAAGCUAACAUAUUUCCUGUGAUAGAAGUGGAUGCUGAUUAUGAAAUUGGACAUGAGUUUAUCCUUAAGGCUGAUAAAGAACUACAUUGGAUUCUCCUUCCAAACAGAACUGUGAAAGUCUUGUCCAUAGAUGAAGUAUUGGCCAUGGGAUCUAAUGAUGAAUCUGAUGAGGUAUACUCUGGCAGUGGCGACCUGAACAUUGAGAUGUCACCUGUGGACAUGAUCAUGAUGACACCUCAAGAUGAAGUAUUGGGCAUGGAUUCUGAUGACAAAUCUAAUGAGAUACACUCUGACAGUGCAGAUCUGAACACUGAGAUAUCACCUGUGGAAGUGACCAUGAUGACACCUCAAGGCGUUGCAGCCUCUAGGAGGCUUUUGUCUCUCUCUGGCUUGGUUGCUUCAGCAACGGAGAGCAUUGGUGGCCAGCCUAUGAGGUUUUCCCUCAGGCUCCUUUCAUUGUCUCUCACCGCUGCCGUGCUGCCCAAAAGACCAAUCUCUCAGUUGCCAAAGGAGCCAAAUGCUGCAGCCGUGCCGCCCGACGAGAUGAUCGCUGCAGCUGCACCGCCGGAAAAGCCGCUUCUAAUCGCGGCAGUCACAGGAAUCAGCGUUUCGCAUGCCACCGCCUCUUCUUGCUGCCCCAGCAGCGUCCUUCAUACGGCCAAAAAGGUCUCUGGUAUUCUGGCCUCAAAACCAUUCUCCUCUGCAGAGGUCGACAAAUUUGACACCACAGAUCCACUCUUUUCACGUCCACCCGUUGAAAAGGAUAUAGUUCCUUCCCCAAAACUAUUCCUGGAAUCAUCUCCCAAUGCGGCCACCAAUGCUCCAGAGGACGCUCUCCGUCCUGAGGACAAACGCUUUGAGCAAUCACUGGGUGGCUCUUCAUUGACUGACGCAGAUGCAGGACAGGAUCCCUCCUGGCGAUUCCUGCGCUCACCAGGAUAUCAACAAGCUCAAAGUGACGAUUCCUGCGCUCACCAGGAUAUCAACAAGCUCAGGUGGCGGAGUUGUCCUUUCAUGGGACGGAUGGGGGAUUUGCCUACCCCCAUCCUCAGCGACAGGCUCCCCCAAGACAGAGACAUUUCCAAAAAACAUCUGGUUGAACUAGCUAUCGGCCAUCUCCUCCAAAUUCAAGCCAUCGAGGAGGUGCCCCUUGAGCAACAGGGGCGGGGUUUUUAUUCCCGUCUCUUCAUAGUGCCUAAUCUUCGGGAGAUCACAGGAAAUUUCUCCGUUUUUUUUAUGAAGGGAAUCAUUUCCAAUACCAAACACUUCCAUUCGGCUUAUUCUCGGCCUCAAGGAUUUUUACUAAGAUCCUUGCUGCUCUGGCUGCCCAUCUCAGAUCUCUGCCGGUUAGAAUGUUAUCUUGAUGAUAUUUUAUUACUAUCCAGGUCAUCACAUCAGGCCCACCGGGAUGUCCAGCUCACCCUUCAGAUCCUAGAGGACCAUGGCUUUCUGGUCAACUUGAAGAAGAGUCACCUGCAGUUCACAACUUGUCUCACGCACCUGGGGGCAGUGAUAGACACUUCUCUGGAACAGGUAUUCUUAUCUCCAGAAAGGCAGGUGAGCAUUCGCGACCUUGUCUCAUCCAUCCACGGCCAACAGAUGGUUCCUCUCAUUCAACUGUCUCAACUUCUGCGAAAGAUGGUGUCCGCUUUCCACAUCGUUCCGUGGGCCAGAUUCCACAGUCGCCAGCUCCAAUGGCUGCUGCUCCCAUAUCAGAAGGCAGACUGCAGUUGCUUGACACACAGAAUUCGCCUGACCUUGGAAGGUGAUCCCCGCACUGGUGGCUCUCCCCUGCCGUGGAACAGGGAUCUCUAUUUUGCGCCCCCCCCCUUAUGCAUCACUCUAACAAUGGAUGCAAGUCUGCAAGGCUGGGGAGCUCACAUUCUGUCGCACACGGCCCAAGGCCUUUGGUCAUUCUCUGACCAGAGGAACAGUAUCAACUGGUUGGAGCUAAGAGCCGUGUUUCUCGCCCUGCUUCGGUUUGAAUCUUUCGUGGCCAAUGUGCACGUACUCAUCCUUAUGGACAAUACCACCACCAAAGCACACAAAACCGGCAGGGGGGGGACAAAAUCCCAGACUCUGUCUUUCCAACUGAUAUUUUGGGUGGAAACCCACCUGUUGUCUCUCCGGGCUGAGCACAUAUCAGGGGCCCAAAACAUUCAGGCAGAUGACCUCAGCUACAUGCACAUCAAUCCAGGAGAGUGGAGCUUACAUCGGCGCAUCUUCCAACAACUUACGGUCAGGUUCGGACUUUCAGUUCUCGACCUCUUUACCUCCCAGGACAACACUCAGCUACCAAGGUACUUUGCACGCUAUGCGACUCCAGGUGGGGAGGGUGUGGCUGUUCUGAGGAGCGUGUGGCCUCUGGGCCUUCUGUAUGCCUUUCCCCCUACCCCUCUCAUUCAGCAAAUGGUGCGAAAACUGCUGGUGGAAAGGGCAGAACUAAUCUUGAUUGCACCCCAGUGGCCCCGCAGGCCCUGGUUUGCCGACCUCAUGAACCUCUUUGUAGCUCCACCGUAG